GUUAAGAACGCCUACCAACCUACUCACGAUGUUCAGCGUCGGCUUGGUCUCAGCAGCUCUCGCGCUUGCGCCGUUCGUGAACGCGGCAGCCCCGCAGUGGGGUCAGUGCGGCGGCAUCGGCUGGACUGGCGACACAACUUGCGUCUCCGGCUCCGUGUGCACGGCGCAGAACGCCUACUACUCGCAGUGCCUGCCCUCCGCCAGCGUACCGAGCAGCACGACCGCGGCCCCGUCGCCGCCUCCGCCCACCACCGCGCCGAGCUCGCCCACGACGACGGCCGCCCCGCCGCCCAGCUCGACCGGGUUCGUCAAGGUCUCCGGGCAGAAGUUCGUACUUAACGGAGAGACCUUCCCUCUUGUCGGCGCGAACUCGUACUGGGUCGGACUCAUGGGCUUCAGCACGGCGCAGAUGAACCAGGCGUUCUCGGACAUCGCGAAGACGGGCGCGACUACCGUGCGGACCUGGGGCUUCAACGAUGUCACGACCGCGAACGGCGACUACUACCAGCUCUGGCAGAACGGCAAGGCCACAGUCAACACUGGUGCUACCGGCCUUCAGAACUUCGACAACGUCAUCGCCGCUGCGAAAGCCAACGGGAUCCGUCUCAUCGUCGCUCUUACAAACAACUGGAGCGACUACGGAGGCAUGGACGUAUACGUCAACCAGAUCGCCAACUCCCCCAACCACGACCUGUUCUACACGAACGCCAACGUGAUCGCCGCGUACAAGUCGUACAUCAAGACCUUUGUGAGUCGCUACGUGAACGAGCCGACUAUUCUUGGAUGGGAGCUCGCAAACGAGCCGAGGUGCAGCGGCAGUACGGGAACGAGCACGGGUACGUGCACGACGCAGACGAUCACGAAGUGGGCGAGCGAUAUCUCAGCGUACAUCAAGUCCAUCGACUCUAACCACCUUGUUGCUAUCGGCGACGAGGGCUUCUUCAACGAGCCCGGAAACCCCAGCUACCCUUACCAGGGUGGCGAGGGCAUUGACUUCAACGCCAACCUCAACAUCAGCACCAUCGACUUCGGCACUGCUCACCUCUACCCUAUAAGCUGGGGACAAACGUCUGACCCGACUGGCUGGGGUUCGCAAUGGAUUGCAGACCACGCCACGUCCCAGAAGGCGGCGAACAAGCCCGUGAUUCUCGAGGAGUUCGGCGUGACCGACGGUCAGGCCGCCACCUACACGGCAUGGUACAACUCCGUUAUCAGCUCCGGGCUGACGGGUGACUUGAUCUGGCAAGCCGGCUCGCACUUGUCGACGGGAAGCACGCCGGACGACGGCUACGCGAUCUACCCCGACGACCCUGUCUACCCUAUCGAGGCUGCUCACUUUGCGGCGGUCAAGGCCAGGGGUUGAGACAUGCUCGCAAGUUCUCGAGGGCAAAAUGCUACUGGGCCAUCAUGUACACCAUUCCGAUAAAAAUUCC